AUGCAGCUCAUGGAGCUUGUUGGAUGCACUCAGACGGUGAGGAAGACAUCGCGACGGACGGACACCUACUCUCCAGCUGUUGCGGCUGUUGGUCAGGAGAUUCAUCCUGGAAGAUCCAGCUGGAAGCUGCCGACUCGCCGAAGGCUGACCCCGGCGUGCGAGGCCACCCGGCAAGAGGCUGCAGCCAAGGCACUCGGACUCCAAGCUUGUUGCGGUCGCGAGUUCUUGGCAGAUUGGAGCAGAAUGUAUCGACAACGAAGGCCACUUGGCCGAACCUCUCACGUCAGGUCCCACGUUGAUAUUUGA